AGGGUUGAGGUUUAUUCAUAUUCUAUUCAAGUGUCUUCAAAAAACAUCAUCUACACAGUUUCUUUCUUCAUAUAUUAUAAUAUAUUUUCUUCACUUUCCUUCUUCAACGACUAUUGUGAACACAACCAAACCAAUGGCAUCCGAUCCUGAACAACCCUCUUUCGCAAAGGAAGGAAAUUCGUCUGGUGAGGUUGCGAGUGCGAGGGAGCCUUUGCUUGUUGGGGUUCAUGACUCCGAGAGCUAUUCUGUCUCUGCUGCAAUUCUUCCGUUUCUCUUCCCAGCUCUUGGUGGCCUACUAUUUGGCUAUGAUAUUGGUGCCACUUCUUCUGCAACCAUAUCCAUUCAGUCAUCGACGCUAAGUGGAAUAUCUUGGUACAACUUGUCCUCCGUUGAAAUUGGUCUACUGACUAGUGGAUCAUUAUAUGGCGCCUUAAUUGGCUCAGUGUUGGCCUUCAAUGUUGCUGACUUCUUAGGAAGAAGAAGGGAACUCAUUUUAGCUGCAUUACUGUAUUUUAUUGGAGCUCUUGUAACAGCAUUCGCUCCUGAUUUUCCUGUGUUGGUGCUUGGGAGACUUAUAUUUGGCACUGGAAUUGGACUGGCAAUGCAUGCUGCUCCAAUGUACAUUGCAGAGACAGCUCCAACACCAAUACGUGGACAACUAAUAUCUCUGAAAGAGUUUUUUAUAGUACUUGGGAUGGUGGCAGGAUAUGGAAUUGGAAGCUUGUUUGUAGUUACUGUAUCUGGGUGGCGGUAUAUGUAUGGAGUUAGUAGUCCUAUAGCAAUCAUCAUGGGACUUGGAAUGUGGUGGCUACCAGUUUCUCCUAGAUGGUUACUUUUGCGUGCUAUUCAGGGAAAAGGGGAUGUUCAGAAUUCGAAAGACAUAGCAAUUCGUAGUUUGUGCCAGCUUCGAGGCCAGGCUAGUGGUGAUUCAGCUCAUCGCCAAGUUGAUGAGAUUCUUGCAGAACUUUCUUAUCUAGGUGAAGAAAAGGAAGUUACCUUCGGAGAAAUAUUCCAAGGAAAAUGCUUGAAAGCCCUUUGGAUUGGUGCAGGAUUGGUCUUGUUUCAGCAGAUCACAGGGCAACCAAGUGUGCUCUACUAUGCUGCAUCAAUCUUUCAGAGUGCAGGAUUUUCCGGAGCAUCUGAUGCAACCCGAGUCUCUAUUCUCCUUGGAGCUUUUAAGUUGAUUAUGACCGGUGUCGCAGUUGUAGUUGUUGAUAAACUUGGAAGGAGGCCUUUACUUCUAGGAGGAGUUUCAGGAAUAGUGAUAUCUUUAUUCCUUCUGGGUUCAUACUACGUUUUCUUGGAUAACUCACCAGUUAUUGCUGUAGUUGGUCUGCUGUUGUAUGUAGGCUGUUACCAGAUUUCCUUUGGUCCAAUUGGUUGGCUCAUGAUAGCAGAGAUUUUCCCCUUACGCCUAAGAGGACGAGGACUUGGUAUAGCAGUACUCGUCAAUUUUGGUGCAAAUGCCCUUGUCACAUUUGCUUUUUCACCAUUGAAGGAAUUACUGGGAGCAGGAAUCUUGUUCUACAUCUUUUGUGUAAUAGCUGUGGCAUCUCUUGCAUUCAUAUACCUUAUUGUACCAGAAACAAAGGGGCUUACACUGGAGGAGAUAGAAGCCAAAUGCCUCUAAUCAGUCACCUUAUUAUCUCAAUAUAUACAUAUAUGUUUUUGGUACUCUGCAACUUUUCUUUAAUACAUCUGUAAUUACACAUUAUGUGAUUAAACCAGUCAUUAAUUUCAGUUUGUAACUACACAUUAUCAUAGAGUGCAGCAGAUUCAAACAAGUGAGAAUAGGAGACAUUCAUCAAAUUAUUAGAGUAAUUCGUCUCCCAAUCCUACAGUUUCAUGUUCUUAAAA